AGAGAAGGGAGGAAGGUAGAGCCAAAGGGUCAUACCGCGAGAACCGUCCAGAUCGAAUCCAAGAAACCCAACCCAUCCAAAUCCGAAUCCGAAUCCGAAUCCGAAUCCGAAGGUGCGUGCGGACGGUGAGAUGCGACAACAUCGUACCAACGCGCCUAACCUCGUUCACUUACUGAUCGGAGAGGAGUAUAAAGAAUUACUUCACUCAAAGAGGACUUGUACAACUUAGUAUUAUAUACAAACAAUUGAAUAUGACUUCCGCUAUUUUCAGGAGCAUUCAAAUGCUCCCUUUCUGCUACCAUACAACAACAGCAUUGUUCAGAAGAAAAAAUAGGAUCUUGUUUUGCACAAUGAAAAGCACACAAGCCCAAUCAGCCACACAAGAGAAGCCUCCUGCUCAAAUCAAAGUUUCAUCUCAUCCUAAUGCUAGAGCCAUUGAUAAAAUCUCCAAAGACUAUGAAGCAGUUAUAGGGAUAGAAACUCAUGUCCAGCUCUCUACUCUCACCAAAGCCUUUUGCAGUUGUCCAUACAACUAUGGUUCUCCACCAAACACCAGCGUUUGCCCAGUUUGCAUGGGUCUUCCUGGUGCUUUGCCUGUCCUGAACUCGAAGGUUAUUGAGUGUGCAUUGAAAGUGGGGCUUGCCCUUAAUUGUAAGUUGUCUUUAAACUCCAAGUUUGACAGGAAACAGUACUUCUAUCCAGACCUGCCAAAAGGGUACCAAAUAUCUCAGUUUGAUAUACCAAUUGCAACUGGAGGAUACAUUGAUUUGGAUCUUCCAUUGGAGUAUGGUGGUGGGCAUAGGAAGUUUGGCAUUACAAGAGUUCACAUGGAAGAAGAUGCAGGGAAAUUGCUUCAUUCAGAAAGUGGAAGCUACUCUCAGGUUGAUUUGAACAGAGCCGGGGUUCCAUUGCUUGAGAUUGUUUCCGAACCUGAUAUGAGAACUGGUAUUGAGGCCGCAGAAUAUGCUGCAGAGUUACAGCGUUUGGUUCGAUAUCUUGGUGUUAGUAAUGGCAAUAUGCAAGAAGGUUCACUUCGUUGUGACGUGAAUGUUUCAAUUAGACCAAUUGGGCAAUUAGAGUUUGGGACCAAGGUUGAGAUAAAAAACUUGAACUCCUUCUCUUCAAUGGGCAGGGCAAUUGAUUUUGAAAUUGCAAGGCAGGCACUUCUUCUCAGUCAAGGGCGGGGUGAUGAAAUUGUACAGGAAACUCGUCUCUGGGAAGAAGGUGGUCAGAAAACCGUUACAAUGAGGAAAAAGGAAGGACUUGCUGAUUACCGAUAUUUCCCAGAACCAGAUCUUCCAGGAGUUAGUCUCACCCAAGAAUUUGUUGAUAGUAUUCACACUUCUUUGCCUGAACUUCCAGAAAUGAAACGUCGGAGGUAUGAACAGAUGGGUCUAAGCAUGCAAGAUGUUCUUUUCCUUGCAAAUGACAUAAAUGUUGCAGAUUUUUUUGAUGCUACAAUUGCAAAGGGUUCUGAUGUGAAACUUGCUGCCAACUGGAUUAUGGGUGAUAUUGCUGCUUACAUGAAAAAUGAGAAAUUGACAAUUAAUGAGAUUAAAAUUACUCCCCAAGAGUUGUCUGAGUUGAUUGGUUCAAUAAAAAGUGGGACUAUCAGUGGGAAAAUCGGAAAAGAGAUAUUGUUUGAGCUUCUGGCAAAAGGCGGGACAGUGAAGGGAAUCAUAAAAGAAAAGGAUUUAGUUCAGAUUGUAGACCCUGCCGAGAUUGAGAAAAUGGUGGACACGGUGCUUUCGGAGAAUCCAAAACAGCUGGAGCAAUAUCGUGGCGGGAAGACCAAGUUACAAGGAUUUUUCGCUGGACAGAUCAUGAAAAUGUCUAAAGGUAAAGCAAAUCCCGGGAUUCUGAACAAGAUCCUGCUUGAGAAAUUAAAUGCCAAGAGUUGAUGAAAAUGAAGGUAGUUUUUACAUGAUAUAGACAAAUCUUGUUCCCUAGUUUAGUUGCAUGGCUUUUCAUGGAUCUUUUCUAAGCUAAGUGAUUAUUAACUUCACUAAGGCCUCAACACCGAGCUGGCUGAGACCUGUAAACCAAACGAUCGCUGCACGUGAAUGAAUUUUCUUGCUCAUUUCUGGUAGAAGCAUGUUGAAACCUCUUGCUCUUGAAUUUAAGAGUGAAGUUUUUUUUGUUUAGGAUUUAAUAAUAGUGUUAUUGAUUGUAAGCUUUGGCUAACAAUUGAGAUGAGUUGUAAUUAAAUUGUAGCUUCAUAUUCAUCUUUUUGUAAUUUAUAAUUGACUUGAUAUUCAUUGUCAUCAAGAACAAAAUCUGUGGAAAGGGUACCAUAUUUUCAAUACAAUUUGAUAAUGGAGUUCUUGGCAAAA